AUGGUAAAAUUGAUGGGAGGAGCAUACAUUUCUGAAUAUGAUAACUGCACAACCGAACAAGAAGAAUUUGAAUUAAUGGACGAAAAUGAAGAAAGCGAAGAACAAAGCACAGAAGAGGAGCAGGCUUUGUAUUUGGAUAGCCGCCUGAAUGUUAUAUUGUCUCCAGAACAGUGCCAAAAGGCAAGGACACUUUUGAAACAGGUGUAUAUGCAAAUCAACAUUCUAAAAGAAAGGGACUCAUUGUCUUCCAAUCCUGAAUUGGUUGAUACUGAAUUGGAUACAGACAAUCCGAUGCCUAGCACUAGUAGCACUAACUAUCCUGCUAUUGAAGCUAUGCUUCAAAGUAAACAAAAAAUGCGAGGAAAUGUAGUGAAAAGUAGGUCCAUUGAUUUGUGUUCACACGACCUUUGCCACAAUGCACGGAUUAAUUUAGAGGAUGACAUACUAAGGCACUGGCAAAAUAUGGCCACUACCUCGUCAGAAGUAGCAGGUAUAGCCAACACUGUUCUAGGUGCACCAGCAACUCAAGUAAGUGAUAGUUUGAACGAAUCAGAAAAUACUGUCACUCUAAACGAAACUACGGAGAAGGUGUUCCCCACCCCAAAAACAUUUCGCAAAAGAAGACGGCCACAAGAAGAAAACGAUACAACACAACAAGAAGCUUUAAAGAUUUUACAAAGCAUGCACGAAACUAGAAAGAGCAAGGAUGAAAGUGACGCAUUUGGAGACUGUCGGACGUGGGUGUCUCAGGGUCGCAGAUUUUGGAACGACGACGGUGGCAACAUGGUGCCCUGGGAUGUAGAUCCCGAAGCAUUAAUUAUAGAAGUGGAGUCGCGUACAUUCCUUUAUGCAAAAGCACUGCCGGAUUACUCCAACAAAAUUGUGAAGAAUAAUGCUUGGGAAAGUAUAACUAAAAAUCUCUCGGAAGACUGGGAAGCCCUCACCAAUGAAGAAAAAAAUAGUCGAUCUAAAACUUGUAGAGACAGAUGGAGACGAAUAAGAGAUAAUUACAGACGCGCUAAAAAGUUAAGGAAAACAAAAAGUGGACAAGCUGCUACAAAUAUGAAGAAACCAAAAUAUGAAGAUUUAUUGUCAUUCCUUAUCCCCUAUAUUAGCAACGAGGAUGAAACUUUUUCAAAUUUUCCACCAAAUUAUAUUUUCCAAGACUCAAGUAAUGAGGAUAAUAGUCUUUUAGAUGAUAUUCAUAGCCGUGAUAGCCCUAGUUCAAGUGCUGGUACUUCACAAAGCACUAUAAGAAAUCGUCCUGGUUCUUCAGAAGACAGUUCACCUCGUGCUUAUAAAAGGAAUCCUAGAACUUUAGAUAUUCCACCACAGCUUUCACCGACACACUCGUUACUGCAAGAGUAUUUAGAAAAAAAAUACAGUACCAAGAAAAAUGAAUCCGAUAAAAUAGUUGAGUUUUUCAAGAACUUGGGGGAAACUGUUUCAAAUUUUCCGGAAGAUGUACAAAUUCGUGUAAAACGUGAAGUUUUUAAAAUAGUUACCGAUGCAGAGGAGUUCGUUUUCAGGGAGAAGUCUAAACCACAAUAUGUAUUAGAAUUAUCUCAAGAGAGCGCACCGCCCAUAAUCGUUGUUAAUUCAAAUGAUGUUGAUGCGCAACCUCGAAACCAAAAAAUAACACCAACUUCAACAAAUGUAAAUCCAAAUGAUAUUGACACACAGGAAGAGAUUGGUCUUGAUCUUGAUGAUAACGCAUUAAAUGCUUUUUUAAAUUCUGUUCAACAAAAAAACAAUAACCAAUGA